UCAAUUUAUAUUCGAUUUGAACUUUGAAAUAGCAUUUGAGCCAAAUUGUGAUUCCCACUUUCUCCACAACCUCCCAGAAGCCUCCAGGAUUCGCUCUAUAACUCACUGCGUCAUCUCCAAAAACCCCAAAAUUCGCGCUCUCGCGCUUUAUCAGAAAACACACGACAGAAACAGAAACACGCUCCACAGCCACAGCCACAGUCUUCAGCCUUGUCUCCACUCUCCAGCCACUGUCGCCACGGUGGCACAGCCCUCACCGGACGCCGGAGUCACUUCAGCCUCCUCAGUCUCACUCAAUCACUCUCUAGUCUCUUAAUAAUUCAGGGUAGUUGAGGAAAAAUCAUGGCGAAACAUCAUCCCGAUUUGAUCAUGUGCAGGAAGCAGCCAGGAAUUGCAAUUGGACGGCUUUGUGAAAAAUGUGAUGGCAAAUGCGUAAUUUGUGACUCUUAUGUGCGUCCAUGCACACUCGUGCGGGUCUGUGACGAGUGCAACUAUGGCUCUUUCCAAGGUCGUUGUGUCAUAUGUGGAGGUGUUGGUAUUUCUGAUGCGUAUUACUGCAAAGAGUGCACACAGCAGGAGAAAGAUAGGGACGGGUGUCCGAAGAUCGUUAAUCUGGGAAGUGCUAAAACGGACCUGUUUUACGAACGGAAAAAAUACGGUUUCAAGAAACGUUGAUGAACAACUUUGUUUAAUGAUUGUAACCAAGCAUGAGAUGAAGUAUCCUCUCAUUUAUCCAAUAUAAUAUGCUUGUAUUAGAGUGCUUUUGGUUGUAUUUUGGAUUCAUGAGACAAAUUGCAGGUCAUACAACACUGUUGAGUUAGAAUUUGUGGAUUUGAUGAUGUUUUUUUGUUCUUUA